AUGUGGUUUUUUGAAAGGUCAAAAGAUGAUUUGAUUUCAUUUUUGGUACACUUCUUACUAGUUGUCUCCUAUUUAUACUAUUUUAAAGCAGUAAUUUCGUUCCUGUCAACCCUGUUUACCAUGAUGUCAGUUUUGCGAAUGGACAACAAAUUAGGGUAUAUCGUUCGCAGCCUUUCCUCCGUUUUAAAUAUUAUUCACCUGUAA